AGCAUGACUACGCCCACCAACUUUGCCACGACUUCCUACCAUCCCCCUCGCGCCAUGAGCCCUGCCAAACAAUCCACUCGUGGGUCGCUAUCGUUGCCCAGCUUUGGGCGAUUUCUCACAUGCAGCACGCCGCCGACGCACACCCUCAAGCGCCUCCCGCCACUCACCCCUAGCUCAGACACGCACUUCAAUCCUUUUCUUACUGUUCUCGGUAGCCCCAAGCCCACAGUAGACGCCACCCCUUGCGUCUUUGAAAACUGCGACAAGUUUGCAAAGGUCAACCAGUUGUGCCUCGGCCACUUCCGCGUCGUCACAACCACCACCACCACAUUCAUCACUCGUCGCCAAGCCGCCGUCCAUCCUGCUUCCCCAUCCGCGUCUGACCGCCCUAAGUAUGCCAACCGUCGAUGCAAGCACCUGGGUUGCUCGAAGUAUGGUCUCGCUGGCGGAUUUUGCAUUUCUCACGGUGGGGGCAAGAAGUGCCUGGACGACGAAUGUGACACCACAGCCCAGAGUGGCGGAUACUGCAAGUCCCACGGCGGUGGCAGCCGUUGCCGUGUUGAGAACUGCCCCCGGAUCGCCAAGCGCAAGGGCGUGUGCAAGGAACACGGCGGCAGACACCUGUGCAAGGUGGACGGCUGUGGCAAGUGCGCUCACAAGAGCGGUCUUUGCGUGGGACACGGCGGAGGCCGCAAGUGCUCUGUCGAUGGGUGCGCCAAGACAGCCCAGGGCAAGGGUGUGUGCUACUCCCAUGGAGGCGGAAAGCGAUGCAGUCUCGAAGGAUGCAAUCAUGCGGCCCGCCGAGGGGGCUUCUGCAUCACGCAUUCCACCAAGGAGUAGCGAAAAACACUGUAGAAUAUUGUUAUUAACCGAGAUACUUGAAGUAUUUCUUAUGUACCA